AGUUUAAUCGGGUUUAAUUGUCCGUGGCGCUCUCGAAAGUCAGUCGGAAACGUUACUAGAGGAGAAUUACGAACGGCAUGCGCGGCGUGGCGCGCACCGAUCCAGCGUGCGGAUAAACAAUUAUCAUUUUGUUAUCGUGCUGGGUUCUUCACGCCGGUCAAAGUGUGUUCGGAGUUUGGACUCGCUGAGGAAGUAUUAUUGAAGCGAAGAGUCUCUCAGUUCCAUCGCAGCUCGAUGAUGGAAGCGCAGACGAAGGCGAUCACGGAACUUCGCGAGAAGUUUCUUAAGAAAUUAAGCGACGAGGGUCCGCCUGAUCUCAAAGGUUUUCAUCCUGCGGAUAUAGCUAGAAUAAACACCGAUGACUGGUUGAAGAGAUUCUUGGAACAUCAUGAAUACAACAUGCAAGAAGCAUUUAAUAUGCUGUGGGAAACUUGUAUUUGGAGGAGAAAAAUUGGCGCGAACGAUAUCAAUGAAGAUAAUGUAAAGAGAGAAUAUUUAGAAGAUGGAUCCUUCUUUAGCCAUGGUAAAGAUAAAGAUGGCAAGAAACUUAUCAUAAUCAAGUCAAAGUUGCACUUUAAGGGAGCCAAAGACUUCACAGAGCUUCAAAGAUGUAUAGUUUAUUGGUUUGAGAGAUUAGAAAGAGAAGGUAAUGGAAAUCAAAUUUCAAUCUUUUUCGAUAUGGCAGAAACCGGACUCUCUAAUUUGGAUAUGGAGUUCACCAAAUAUCUCAUUGGCUUGUUCAAGUCUUAUUACCCAUAUUUCCUUAACUAUAUCAUAAUCUUCGAGAUGCCAUGGGUCUUAAAUGCAGCUUUCAAAAUCAUAAAAUCAUGGUUACCCGCCAAAGCAAUUCCAAAAAUUAAGUUUGUCAACAAGAUCACUUUGAAAGAGUUUGUUGAUCCCAAUGACGCUCUUAAAUGUUGGGGUGGUAAUAACGAUUAUACCUUCGUAUUUGUCCCAGAAGUACAAACCAAUGAAGAUGCAUUGAAUGGUAAAUUGGAUAAUAAAAAGGUACACUUUGCGGAAGGUUCACCACUUACAGAACAAAGUCCAGCAAGUUUUGCAGACCAAACCAAUGAAGAACAAUUAUUAUCCGUAGAACCUGAUGCGAUUACAUUUAAUAAAGAUGGAAAAGAAAUCACUGGAGUGAUUAUACUUAAGAAUAUCACAACUGACAAGAUUUUGUCUUAUAAGAUAAAGACGACGUCUCCCGAAAAGUUCAGAGUACGACCAAGCUCAGGGAUUCUGCAACCAUCUGAGCAGAAAAGCAUUGCGGUCGUAUUGCAGCCUGGCUAUGAUGUGCGUGGUCUGUUGCACAAUGAUCGAUUUCUAGUCAUGUGCCUUCCUGUAAAGAACGCAGAUAUCGCAGCGCAAGAUCUGCAUACACUGUGGAAAUCUGGAAAACCAACGGAACAACAUAAACUGAAGUGUUGCGAUGGUACUGAAAAUAAUGAAACGCAGAAAUCCCAGUCAAUAUUAACAUCUAAUGCAGCGGGAACUGAUCGGAAUAUUGAUGCAUUUUUCUCUAAGAUGGAUCAUUUAGAAGAUAUUUAUAAGAAGCUGCACACUAAUAUCGAGGCAUUAAAGUAUAUAUUUCUUAUUUGUAUGGUAACAAUAAUUGUAAUCACAUUAGUGAUACUUUACACUUUAAAAAGCGAUAUCAAAGAAUCAAUAGAUCGUUUGCACGAUGAUAUUAAAGAAACAAUGUACCAAGAGCACUGCCGCAGUAUUUAGAAGAUUUGUUUGUAACCACACAUAAUAUGUAAACAAAUUUUGAACAAAAAUUUUUAUGGGAAUUUUAUAUUUUACACAUCCGAUAUGCGAUUAUAAGCAUUUUUUUUCUCUGUAAUGAUCUGUAAAUAAGUAUUAUUGUGAUUAAUUUUAUAUUUUAUUAUGUAAUUGUUCAAAUAUGUA